UUUCGAGGAGACUACCGGCGGACGUCGAAGGAAAACCAAGCGGAGACCCUCCGAAUCACAGUGCUAUUUUCCUACAAUUUUUAAUCGUUCCAAGGAGACCGCAAUACACAUCGAUCGCGAUAAAUCGAUCGGUGCACCGGGCGAAUCGUGCAUCGCGGCGAGGAGGGUUAGACGGGCAUUGACCGGUGUGACUGGGCGCGUGUCUGUCGUCCGUCGGCUGCACGUCGCGAUUUUCGAAUCUUGGCACCGGUUUCACGUCGGGGAUCCGUCGGAGCCGGACGCGGGCACGCGAGAGAGUCGUUCCCGCGGAGCGUACGUGUGCGAGUUUUUCACACGAGGAACAAGGAAAACCGAGUAGGAGAAGGUUCUUAGCCGGCCGGUGAAAUCGGGAUGCCCGUUUGGCAUGCCGCACGCGGUGAAGCCAAGGAUGUCGAGCGCCAAGACCGUGCUGUACAGCUGCUGCGAGAUUCCAAGGAUCGGUGAGUGGCGCGGAAGGGGGACCGCCGCGAGAACGUAGUAGGUUUCGGCUGUGACAGGCACACAGGCGCGCGCGAUCAUCUUCGUCUCUAGAGGAUGCGGCAGGACCUCGAGGUACCUCGAUGUAGGCGUGCUAGCAGCGUUCCAGUGAUGUCGGUGUCGGGGUUACCUGCAGCGCUGCUGGACCUGGACCAUGGCCGGCAAGCCUGAGCAGCCGUCCACACACCCUGCUCCCCCAAGUCACAGUCAUCAUCAUCAUCAUCACCAUCAACAGCAGCAACAACAACAACAACACCACCAUCAGCAACAACAACAACAACAUCAUCAUCAUCAGCAGCAUCAUCAUCCGCAACAGCAGCAACCUCAGCAAGAUCAAACAGAUCAGCAGCAGCAGCAGCAGCGUUUGCAGCAUGGGAUUCAACAGAACAGCGUUUUAGUGUACGUCUCGGGGGAGAAUUUCGCGUACGCGACGGCGGUCGGUCAGAAUGCCGCCGCCGCCGCUGCUGCUGCUGCUACCGCAGUCGGCUAUCAGUCUCCGCAGCAGGCGACGUACACCGGUAUUCUACCGCCGCAGGUGGCGACGGCGGCGGCGUCGUUUCCCGCCAAAACCGCCAUAUACUGUAACGAUAACAGCGGCGCCGUCGCCGCCGCGGCCGCCAAUAACUGUUGUCGACUGAAGCCGCUCGAGUACGUGCCCAACGAUGGUGACUCGAGUCGGUCUAUGCGUACCCUGUCCGCGGGCACGGUAGACGACGAAGAGGACUAUGGGACGAUCGUCUCGAGCAACGGCCUGCUCUACAGACAAGCGAGCUUCGUGCAGGCGACCAGCACGGCGGCCAGCACGACGAUGACGUGCGUGGUGUCGGCCGGCGACAACAAGAACACGGUGGUGAGCCGUGGUGGACAGCCGGAGAACGAGGCCGGCAACAACGAGGAGAACCUCGGGAACGCCGAGCAGCCGAUCGGCAGGCUGGCGAACGGCAACGAGAUGAUGUCGAACAAGUUGUUUCCAUCGAGGAUCCACGCCGAGAUCUAUCCGACGGCGGCCAGGCUGCCGGAAGGCUACAACGGUAGGAUCGCGCAAGGGAAUAGUCUCGGCGAGGGUUGCGUCGGGCUUUUGAGCGACGACGCCGCCGCCGCCGCCGCGUGCGUCGCGUACGUGCGGCAGGGGAACGACGCGACGCAAACGUCCGCGAGUGUUUUCCAAGCCGACGGUGUCGAGCAACGAUCUGGCGUCGACAUGGACGAGAAAAGCCGGCAGCAGCAGGACGCGUUCCAGAACCAGGCCGCCGGCUCGUCCCUGUCGUCCGCGUCGUCCACGUCGUCCGCGUCCAGUGUCGGUGUCGGUGUAGCUGGCGGCGGUGGUGGUGGUGGUGGUGGUGGUGGUGGCGGUGUUGUUGUUGUUGUUGGUAAUGGUAACGGCGGUGGCAGCGGGGCGGUUAGCUGCGACUCGGUUCGCUCCGAUACCGGCGAGUCGUCGACCUACAGCAGUUUGAGCAGCCCCGAAAGUCAAAGUCAAUCGGCUCACGAUAGUUUGUCGGCCGGCGCAACGGUCAACGGCGGCGGUCCGUGCGCGCAGCAGGCUGCGCGUCAGACGUCGUUGGCCUGCAUCAACAACACUAACAAUAAUGACAAUACCGGCCAGCAAAAUGUAGUGCUCACGAUGAACGGUAGUGCGGUGGUUACGCAGCAGCAACAGCAGCACCAUCAACAAGCGAUUACAGUGCCACGUGGAUGGAAAAGGAUAUGCACCAACGGGGUCAUCAUUUACAUCAGUCCAAGCAGUACAGCGCUGGGUUCGCUGGAUCAGCUGAAGGAGUACCUGACGACAGUGGGAACCUGCAAAUGCGGACUCGAAUGUCCGCUAAAACCUGAACAGGUCUUCAACUUCGACCCCAAGGUUGCGACACGACCUUGGAGCCCGGAUCAGGGCAAGACGCGGGAGAUGACCAAGCUUUGCAACCAUAAGAGGAAACUUUUGCUGCCAAUAACGGCGGCCAGCAGUCCUGUUGCAUCCUGCACGCAGGCGGUCUCCUCGUCGACUUUAUCCUCUGGCCCGACUGUAACCGCGAUUCACGUGAACGCAGACUCGCCCACCUCGCCGGACAAGGCCAGGAAAGAUGGCUUGAACAAGAAGAAGAAGAGAAAAUUGGGCGGGAUGGGAAACAUUUUUUCCGGUGUUUCCGUUUCGCAACUUAUGGCACAACGCGAGAGGGCUAUUGUAGCAGCAUCUGGAGUUCAAGGUUCAUCGGUGCCAAAUGGAUCGCAGGUGUGGCCGAUCGCAAUCCCCAAUUUGCAAGUCCAGCAGAGCAAUCAGCAGAUCUGCCACCAGACCCUAAACUCGACCUCGCAAAACCAAGACGUGAACGGCUGUGCAACAAGAAAUCCCCAGCAGAGGUUAAGUCAGCACAACAUGUCGGGGAUGCUAAUGGGAAACCCGCUGAUCAUGAACCAGCCGGCUGCUAACUUCAACAACAUGACGCAACAGCAACAGCAGCUGCUGCAGCAGCAACACCAACAGCUCAUACUACAACAACAGCAGCAGCAGCAGCAACAACAACAGCAACAACAGCAGCAGCAGCAACAGCAACUAAUGCAACAACAACAACAGCAGCAAACGCAGCAACUGCUGCCGCACCAUCAACAGAUGCAGCAUAUGCAGAUAUUGCAACAGCAAGAGCAACCUCAGCAUCAGAAUACCGUUGUGAAUCAGUUAACUCAGCAACAAGCUCCGCACUACCUGAAUCAAUUGAACCAGCAAUCGUUGCACGUGAUGCAACAGCAACAGGAGCACAUUAACCAACAGCAACAACUGCACAUGCAGCAGCAACUACAGAAGCACAAAAUGCAACAGCAGCAGCAACAACAGCAACAGCACCUGACGCAGGAGGUCGACCAGCAAUCAGGGAACUUCAACCCUCAGCACGCGUCUGAGAAUUACGUCCACCACAUGCAACCGGCACAGGUGUCAUCUCAGCCUGCGCUGCAUCCCCAAUUGCACCAGCUCCACCCGCAUCAGAUGCAGCAGCAGGCGCAGCAGCAUCCGCCUAAUCAGCACGUGAUGCAAGCCCAGCCAACAGAUCCCUUCCAGAUGCAGAUACAACAACUGCAGCAGCAACAACAAGUACCUCAGGUGUGCGUCCAGCCCCAGUAUCCUAAUCAGCAACUAGGCCAUCAUUCUAUGGACGUCAUGCAGCAGCAGAAUUCGGGACCUGUGAUGAACGCGAUUAACACCGCGGAGAUACAGACCAGGCACAACCGUACACCGUCGGUGACGGACGAGGACAUGAACGCGAAGCAGUUGCAGCAGCAACAACAACAACAGCAACAGCAACAACAACAGCAGCAACAGUUAUUGUUGCAGAAUCAUCCGAUGCAACGACACCACGUGGUGCAGAACGGGAACAUGUCGAGCAGCUCGCACGAGAACGUGCAGCGGAUGUACGCUCAGAACCAGGUGCAGUACCCUGCGAAGAACUGUGACGCGUCGAAAGGGAACGCCGCUGAUGUGAAACACCAGCAACAGUACUACACGUUGUCGAGCGUGGCGGGAAGAAGCCCGAGCACCAAUCACGAAGCACAAUCCGGUAUGGGACCAAACGGGCAGCCCGGCAACAUGCAUUUCACCUCGAGGACGCCGCCCUGGCAGCAGAACCGACCAGCCUCGGGCUCUCACCAGCCUCCGCUCGUCACGGUGCAGAACAUCACCUGCAACUCGUUCGACCGCGUACCACCGCUGCAUCAUCACAUUCCACAGGCGACCACCUGGACCGACGAGGUGGCCAGGAAGAAGGCGAAGCCUAGCAAGGUGGUGGUGAAGAAGCAACGGCAGCACAGCGUCACCGAGGUCAGGAGCAACAGCCUGGACCAGUCGACGCCGAGCCCGAUCGACGAGUUCAACGACAAGGCGCAUCAGAACAGCAGUCAGAUCGGAUCCACCGUGAACAGCAGUGGACCGUCCUUCUUGGAAGACCCUAGCGGCUAUCUGGCUCAGCAGACCGCUCUGCUGAAUAGCACGAUAUCGAGACAGACCGGGGUCAGCAGCUCCCAAGUGGGGCUGGUGAACAACUCGAAGACGCCUCAAACGAGCCACCUGCCUAACAACGCUUAUCUUCCGCAACCAAAGCCUUCCUCCAGCGUCAGCCCGACGAGCACGUCGACCUUCAACUCGGUGAAGAACCACGCGACCUCGCCGGUGGUCGUGCACAGUAGCAUGACGCCGACAUCGAGCAGUGGCGGCACCGACUCCGAGAGCAGUCCUUGCCAAGGCUGCGUGACCAGCGCCGACACCCAGUCGUUCGUGCAGGACCAAUACAAGCAGCAGAUUCAACGUCAGUACCUGAUGCAUUCGGAUCAACGCGAGGACCCUGUCACGUCGUCCACGUUCGGAGAGCAGUAUCAGAACAACCAGGCUGACUCGAGGCCCAUCCAAGGCGGCACUGUGAGCACUAGUCAUGGAUCCCCUAUCGGCACGAACAGUCCAGCGAACUCGGACACCCCGGCCUCGUCCACGCCAGGCAUAUCCCAGCCGGCCACGCCUCAGAGCUUGAUCUCGUCGCAGCCCUCAACCCCGCACAGCUACUCGCAACCGCCCACACCUCAUUCGCACGCCACCUCAGGCCAGGUGCCAUCUCAACCGUUAACACCUCAGGCUCAGCAGCCGUCACAGUCUUCGAUGAGCACCGGCGUCCAGGAGCAACGCUCCGAGACGCCCUGCUCCAUUGCGACCAGCUCCAGCGGCGUCGCUGUCAGUACUUCCUCGCUGCAAACGUCCUCCUCCACGACGGACAACAUGGCGCCCCAGGUGACCAAGAGGCAGACCAUGAGACAGUCGUCCUUGGACGGCUACCAGCCGCAUCCUCACACCGUCAACGCUGUCACCAGAGUACCUAUGAGUCACUUCACCGGCACCUCUUCGGUGAUAACUACAAUGGCCAGUGGACACACGGUCAGCAGCAACACCAUCACGUCCGUGCUAGCAGGCAGAGCCAACACUGCUACAGUUUCCAUCAACACUCCAUCCGGAAUACCGAAUCCUGCGAUACCAGACAUUCUCUCGAACAAGCCCCAGCACCAGACCUCCGCGGCAACUCUGGCAACCGUUCCAACAACGCCUGUGACCGCACACUCCUCUCUAACGAGUAGUCAGCCGUCGAUCGCGAUCAGCGUCUCGAAGUCGCCACUGGAGAUGGUCCAAAGCGUCGUCAGCAGCAUACAAGUACCUCAGGCUAGCACCAGCUCGCCGGUGCAGCCGCAGAGUCAACCGCAGCACCAAACGCAACAGCAUCCUCAGUCGAACGUUCAAGUCCACAAUGUCCUCACUUCCAGUGGAAUGCUGAAGCAUCCUGCUGGUUCCACCUUGCCGCCAGGUCAUAUCCUCGUGUCCAGCGGUGGCCAGUUGAUCAUGGCUAGCACUGGAUCGGGUAUCAAUGGCGUGAUGGCUCCACCUCCGCCGAAGAUCAUUUCCAACUCGAGCUCCAUGCCGCCGUUGUCGGUCUCGCCGAUGGUCACCAGUGUGACUGGUGCCGUCAGCCAGGUUAUUCCAGCGGUGGGCGUGGCUCAGCAGGUGAUUGGGCAGCCCACGGUCUUGGUGAACACCAUUCAGACUCCUGUACUUAUCCAGCCGGGCGUGAUGACGAUGGACAGCAUAGGCCAGAACGUGCAGAUCCCUCAUCUGACGGUUGCGACCGGCAACGUGAUCCAGAACGCGCAGUCGAUCAUCGACGCUAACCAGGACGUCGCGAGGAACGUGAACGCGAACCAGGGAAUGGUGAACCGGCAGCCAGCGCUGCUGUCUCCGGAAUCGAUGAGCAAGAAGAAGGCGUACAAGAAGCGAAAGACGAACCCGCAGACGGUGGCCUCCAUGUUGCACAUCGCCUCGUCCCAGCAGAACGCCGGCAUGCUGAUGCAGUCGCAGUCGAAUUUCGCCCAGCAGAACUUCCAGACACAGAGCAUAGGAGGUCCCAUGCUGCAAGCGCUGACCAUCGUCCCGGGGAAAGGCGGGGCGCCCGCGCAACUGGUCAUGAACGGCCAGGCUGGCACGACGUCGGCGCAGUUCAACGCCCAGCAGAUCAUCACGAAUCCCCAACCGGCCCAGCAAAUCAAUCUUCUCCAGCCAGUGAACUUGUUGAACGGAGCGGCCGGCAUGGUGCAGAACUUCCCCACCAUACAGCAGUUCAUCGUUCCCGGCAUCGGCAGCAUGGUCAUGUCCGCUGACGGGACUGCGACUCUUCUGCAGGACACUGGCAACAUUGGCAUGCAGUUGCAGAUACAGAACGUGAACGGCCAGAACGUGUUGACUCCGGUGCAGAGUCACGGCGGAAUCUUCAAUCCGAGUCAGAGCAUCUUGGCAGCGGGCCCUGCCGGGAUGGUGAUCCGCGCACCGCAGGCGACAGGUGGCAAAAUUAUCCAGCAGCACAGUCCAGGCGCACAAUUUCUCUCGCCCAACAGCGGCCAGUUCCUGGUCAACGGCACCACAUCGUUUGGGAACCAGCUGAGCCCGAUCGUAGCGAACGUCAGCCCGAAUCAGCAGGUGACAUUCAACGCCUCGCAAGUCAGGCCGUCGAACAUGCAAGGCCAACAGGAGUUCAUACAGAUGAACGGGCAGACCUUGAUGGUGCCAUGCGGCACCGCGCAGAACAUUGCCGUUUCCUCAGCCUCGAACCAACAGAACACUACGUUCGUUCAACAGAACACCACGAUAGUGCAACAGCAAACCACCAUGGUGUCCAACAAUCAGAUACCGAACUUUCAAUCUGCAGCUUCUAACGGGACGACCGUUGACCCUUCUAUGAACAUCGACCACAACCAGUCGUACAUACUGAGCUCCGGUAUGAUUCAGGGGAAGGCGCCCACCUCGCCGAAGAGCAGCGUGAACUCGCCGUCAGCGGAACAGAAUGUUGAACAGCAACAGUAUGUUCUUGCCACCAGCAGCACGACCGUUGUCGAGAAGACUGCGCAACAGAGCGAUCAACAUAGUCCGCUGAUGGCGAGACAUUCUGUGUCUACGCAAACGGCUGGGAACCAAGCGAACAUGGCGCAGUCAGCGAUGAUGAGGCAAGGAUCGCCUCCGGACACCACGACGCACAGUCCAGGGAACAGCCAGAGGUCCAACAGCCCUGCCGUGGACACGACGACGCACGGAGCGGCUUCGCCAGCACCGCCGAUCACUGCUAGACAUCAUUCGUCAUCUACGCCGAUGGUUCAUUGCGUGUCGAGCAGCGAACCGGACUCGGGGGACGUGCCGGUGGCGUCUGAAGACUGGAGGAUUCAGGGUAUCACUACGAAGGAAAUAACGCUUAGCCAACCGGGUCUCCACGGGAAGACGUACGUGGAGUCGACGGUGACUACUGGGAUCCAGAUCUAUACGACAGAGACGUUGAAGCAGACGGAAGGUGUGGUGAGCACAGUGAGGUGCGAGGGCAGGGAACAUGCCCUCGGCCGCGGAAUCAAACGAAAACUGGACUCCAUCCAUUCCAUGCAUUCUACCCUGCAUGAAGACCAAGAUGUAACCAAGGCGAAAUCAGAGGAGAAGAGCCAGAGGAAACUGGAAGUGGGUGAGCUAGUGUGGGGCGCCGCAAGAGGAAGUCCGGCGUGGCCGGGCAAGGUCGAGUCUUUAGGCCCCCCGGGGUCUAUGACAGUCUGUGUCCGUUGGUACGGGGGCGGGGGCGGUCGGAGCCAGGUCGAGGUCAAGGCUCUCAAGUCCCUCUCCGAAGGCCUCGAAGCGCACCACCGUGCGCGAAAAAAGUUUAGGAAAAGUCGUAAAUUGAAUAUGCAGCUGGAAAAUGCCAUACAGGAGGCAAUGACCGAGCUGGACAAGGUGCCAGAGUCGAGCAAGGACAAGAAGACCGGCGGCAGCAAGUCCUGCAGGAUGCUGAAGGGUCCCGACAGCGGCGGCGGUUCGAGGUCCGAGGGCAAGAAGUCGUCAAAGAAGCCCGCGGGGACCUUGAACCCUGUCACCACGGAGCAGAAGCAGUGUCGAUGACCCCGAAGCCUGUCUACCUAGGCGACGUCCAACCUUGCGAUCGACGCGCGUCGAGAACAGGUGUCGGAGCCGCGGCUCCGCGGACGAACACCUUGCGUUCGUAGCAUCUGUGAUCCGAGAUCGAACGGUCGUUCCGCCUUCUUUUCGCUACCGACCGAUCGCCGCGCGUCUUACCCGACGUGAACUCGCGGGAAUUUUUAUAAAAAUUAGCUGUGUCAGGGGCGCGCGUCAGGUGCGAGAAGCGGCGCAGAAACGAGGCUCUGCUCGCCGCGAGAGCCAACCAAAAAGGCACUUCCAGUAUUAGACGUAGCGGAACGAUUAUUUCGGAGACGAUUGUUAGAGCGAUGGCGAGUUUAUUCUAUCGAACGGUUCGUGUACAUUCAUUUCUCCUGUACAUAAAAGUCAACGAAAAUUAACCAGCGUGAAAAGCAGAUUUUCGUAGCGGUAGACGGUCUCGAUCGGCGGAGGAUGAGAGAGAGACGUUAAAUCGGGAGGAGGAUUUUCGAUUCGCGGAAAGAAGACAUUCCUCGGUGUACGAUAAACACAUUAAUUACUCCAAUUCAUCUGCUACGUAGCCUGUACAGUUAGAGCGGAAACCAUUUUUCCUAUUCGGUGUUCGAGACAGAGCUCGACUCCCCCGCUGAAUUUAAUCAUCCACUGGUAAGCGUAUUUAACGGUCGAGAGGCAGGCGGAGUUCGAGUCGGUUAGAUUCUUCAUUUGUUGAGAAGAUUUUGAAAAUGUUUACUUGACGCGUUUCUGAAACGAAAUUGUUGCAUUGUCGUUGCGUGCAGGACACCGGUGCACGAAAAUUGCGCUUGCUUUGGGGGACGAGAGGGGAGAAGCUUCUUAGAGGUCCGAUCUAGAGAUCCCCGUGGUAAAUUGCACGGGACGAUUGCGCGCAGGAGUUAUCGUUAUUUGUUCUCCGAUGAAACUGCUUCGACGUUGGAAAUCGUCGCGAGUUGAUCGAGAUCCCAGAUCGUUGAAGUUGCCGAUCAUUUCUUUGGACAGUGAAGAUUAUCGAGCGAACAGUGCCUUCAAAAAUUCAACGAAUUUUGGUUAAUUCAUUUCAAAUGCAAAAAGGUUACUUCCUGAAGAAGCAGAGGAAAGUUGAAGAUCGUGAUUCAAUGAACGAUUGUCAAAGUGGUAGAUCAUUUCUUUCGACAGUGAAGAUUAUUAGGCAAACAGUACCUUCAAAAAUUUAUCGAAUUUUGGCUAAUUAAUUUCAAAUGCAAAAUAUUACUUUCUGAAGAAGUAGAGGAAAAUUGAAGAUCGUGAUUCAAUGAACGAUUGUCAAAGUGGUAGAUCAUUUCUUUGGGCACUGAAGAUUAUUCACCAGAAAGUACCGUCGAAAGUUCAUCAAGUUUGGUUUUUGUCUGAAGAGAUAGAAGGAACUCUAAACCGUGAUCCCAGAGAUAAUUGUCAAAAUGAUCUUUAUACAUCGAUGAUUAUUAACCAAAAAAGAUACGAUUGUUAACUGAAAAUGAAAUGUUUUGGUCCGAAGAAAGAGGGAGAACUCGUAGAUCGUGAUCCCAGAAAAGAUCGUCAAAAUCGGCGAUCGUUUUACGUUUACUGAAGAUUAUUAACUAAACAAUAUCUCUAAAAAAAACGGGGUGUUUUUGUCAAUUAAUUUCAGAAGUUUAGCUUUUCUCCCUAAAAAGAUAGAGGAAAAAUGUAGCUCGUGAUCUAAGAAACAAUUGCGAAAGUGAUCGAUUAUUUCUGCGCGCACUAUAGAUGAUUAACAGAACAAUAUCUUCAAAAAUUAAGGGAAUUAUGUUUCGUUAAUUUCAAAUGCGGCACGUGUUUCGUAGGAAGAAAAUGUGCAGAUAGCGAUGCGAGCAACGAUUGUCAAAGCGGCCAGUCAUUUUGAAAACUGCAGAUUACGGGUCAUUAUCCUAAAAAAUUCGCCGAAUUAAUUAAUGUCACACCUCGCGCUGAGUAUGGCAAUCUCCGACAGUUUCCUCGAGGGCAAAUAACUAUUCUCCUGCGCAAAGGACAAAGAUCAAGGGAAGUUUCUUCUCCUCGAGAAAGAAGGGAGCGUAGAAGUGUCUGUUAACGAGUUUCUGUUGAGCGUAGUUAUAGCGAACGAAGGCGUACUUACAUCGCGAGACCGUGCGAGGCGUCUCGAGUGUUGCAUGAACGUUCACGGCGCCGAGAGCCGUGUAAGAAAAGAAGACGCCGGGGCGUUUGUAUCUCGAGGAAUAUCAAAUAAGGCGUCCCAUUAUCGAAAACACAGUUUCCACGCGCGCGACCAUGAGUUUCCGUUCGAAAUCGACGCAGUUUAAUCAUCACGAGGAUAUAGUAUCCGCCACGGGGAAGAAAAGAGUGAAGCAGAAGAGAGAGAGAGAAAGAGAUAGAGAGAGAGAGAGAGAGAGAGAGAGAGAGAAACCGACCGAGCGCAGGUAGUUUUUAAAAACGAUAUUUUUGCGAACGAAUCAACGUCACUGUACCUACACAGAGAAAUACUAUUCUCAAUCAAUCAUUUUUUAGAUGGCUAUACAGAAAUAUACAAGGUGUAAUUCUUUUACCGGGACGUCAUCGUGUUGGAUCGCGAAUAUUAAAUAGUCUCGACACGUUGGGAGAUCCUUUUUAAACACGGCCGGCGUUUUUUGAACCCGCGUUCAACCGACUUUUGUAAAACGUUAUUCCUUAGACGAUAAAAAAAGAUUUAAAAAAAAGAAGAAGACGAAGAAGAAAAGUAAUAACUAAAUAACGAUAUAGCGUAUCGAUGCCGCGGACGCGAAUCCGAGGGAAUUUUGUACAUAAAGACAGGCCAGAUUGAUUCAGAAUUGGAAGUCUCUGCGAGGUGUCUUGUCCGGGUUUCGAUCGACACACGCUGGAUCCACUUUCAACGAGAUAUGGGGCUUUCGGGUAGCUUCAAGUAACUUUUCUUUAGAAAAACGAUCAGAAAACCGCGAAAAAAAAAUAAGUAGACCAGGCGUGGGCGACGGCAACGUAAUCAGGGCAAACGAUGGAGAAGCGAAAAAAACUACAGUAACGCUCGGAUAACAAUCAGAAAUUUCGAUAUUCGCCGGUAGAAAAGCGACGAGUCUGCUGUAACAAGAAUCGCAAGAGUUAUCUGAGAAUCGAUGUAUUUGUAGCGACCGCUCGAUAAGCGUCCGAGGUCGGGGCUCUGGCGCCCCGAAGCCCCGCCUCUCCGCUGGACGACCAACCGCGCGCGCUCUCCCCACCCCGCCGUGACUCCAAGAGAGCGGCAAGCGCGUGCGUGCGAGCGAGAGGCGGCCCCCGAUCGUCCCGCAGAGCCCGGGGAAUCUUAUCGAACGAUCGUCGCGUGGCAAGCGAAAUAGCACGAUUCCGAUCGCACCAGUGUCCCAUGCCUGGGUAUAGACCGUCGAAGGAGAUCCGCGAGAGAUCGAGAAUGCAGCUCCGCCUUGUUCAGGUGAUCUCGCUACGAUCGGGAGAGAGGAGUAGCUCAUCCUUAUUUUUUUAUCGAAGGAAAAACAUUCAAAACGACACAACACCAUCGUCGCACAACUUUAGCCCCAAGAGACACGAGAAAAUGUUCCUUUGCAUGCACCACGCAUAAAAACAUGUACAAAAUGAAAAACUUACAGAGUAAAUCUUUAAAAGUUAGUAGUAUGUAACGAACACGCGCUGGGUGAUCGCUGGUGAUCCCGGGGAAAGCUUUCUCAAUCGAUACGUUGCUUUUAUCAUCGAUCGUCGUUUGCGUUUUCACACCGGACAAAUCGCUCACUGUUCCCCGCGGGUCCGAACCGGGGCCUCGGGAAGCAAUGUAUUCAACGACGAAGCUUUUCAGUAGGUCCGAAACACACCACACACUCUAGACAGACAAUAAAAAAACUUGCAAGUAUCAAAAGUAAAUAAAUUCUCGAGGAGGAUCGCGCGAA